AUGAACGGAAUCUCAUUCUGAACCUAACGGGGCGGCCCAAAACCUGAGUUUUCGUCUUCCUUCUCUUUCUCGCGCCGCUUCGAAACUCCGUCCUCUAAACCCUAGAAAGCAGACACAGCGGGAGCCAUGAUUCACAUCACACAUGAAUGAACAACAACCGUAACACAAUCUGAUUUCAUGAGAAGAAAAUGCUGUUUAGAACCAUUCGCAAUCUGCCCACGAUCAUUGGAUCCAGUUUUCCCCCAGUUCUGAAGCCAUGUCAAGAUUUUUGACUUCUGCAUAUAUAAAGAGAGUUGCAAGUUCUAUACAUAAAAGCCAGCGGCAUAGGCAUACGAAUUUAGGGAACAAUGGGGCAGUUGCCAUAGGGCUAAAUAUUCCCAGAUACAAAUUGUACUCGCAAUACGGAUAUUCUGGUAGAGUUCAUGCUUCACUGCCAUUGUAUAGUAGCACGAGGUGUUUUGGCAAGACGAGUUUUUCAAGGAAUUUCUCUGUGUUUUCAGCGAGUUGCGCCGUCUCGCAUCAUGCCCAAAUUGCAUGGAAAAGGCUUUCUCAAAAGUGUUAUUCCUAUAAUCGUACCAUUUCCCCCAUAAAUAGGAUUGCUCAAGCAGUCAGCUUAGCUAUAACUCGCUCUCAUCCCAUUGUUCCUGCUAUUUUUGCCUUCACCUGUGGACAGGUAGCAUGGGCGGAGAGAUCAUUUGUGGAAGUAGAGCACCCAUCAAAGAAUUCUUUAUAUAUGCAUGCACAAGAUGGGCAUGCUUACAUUACCUCAUUACUCUUGGCAAUUUUAGAAGGGGUAAUAUUGUUUAUACGAGCUCUCUAUUUAUCGAUUUUGUUCACACCUAGUAUAAUGAUGGCACCAUUUGCGGAUAGUUUGGGAGUUCAGUUCAGGAAAACUUGGCUUCAGGUGGUUCAUCGUACCUUGGAAAAAGCAGGUCCAGCAUUCAUCAAAUGGGGUCAGUGGGCUGCUACACGACCUGAUCUUUUCCCUAGGGAUUUAUGCAACCAGCUUUCAGAGCUUCAUACAAAAGCUCCCGAACAUAGUUUCUCCUAUACAAAGAAAACUAUUGAAAGAGCGUUUGGCCGCAAGCUAUCUGAAAUAUUUGAGAAUUUUGAGGAGACACCCGUGGCAUCUGGGAGUAUUGCCCAAGUGCAUCGAGCAUCUUUGAGAUUUCGCUACCCUGGUCAAAAGGUCAAGCCUAUGACAGUUGCUGUGAAGGUCAGGCAUCCUGGUGUUGGUGACUCGAUUCGGAGAGAUUUUAUGAUAAUAAAUUUUGUAGCAAAAGCUUCAAAUUUCAUUCCUACACUGAAGUGGUUAAGACUGGAUGAAAGUGUACAGCAGUUUGCAGUUUUCAUGAUGUCCCAAGUUGACCUUGCCAGAGAAGCUGCCCAUUUGAGCCGCUUUAUAUAUAAUUUCCGUCAAUGGAGGGAUGUUUCAUUCCCUAAGCCUGUCUAUCCGCUAGUGCACCCUGCUGUUCUGGUGGAAACUUUUGAGCAAGGUGAGAGUGUCUCACACUAUGUAGAUGAACUCGAAGGCCAUACUCGCAUUAAAUCCGCACUUGCUCACAUUGGCACACAUGCCCUCCUAAAGAUGCUCCUGGUGGACAACUUUAUACAUGCAGAUAUGCAUCCUGGAAAUAUCCUUGUUCGGGUGGGUCAGAGUAAGUCUCCUCGGAAACGGCUUUUCAAAUCAAAACCCCAUGUCAUAUUCAUCGAUGUAGGCAUGACUGCUGAACUAUCUGGAAGUGACCGAGUAAAUUUACUAGAAUUUUUCAAAGCUGUUGCUCGUCGAGAUGGUCGCACAGCUGCUGAGAGUGCAUUGAGGUUAUCUAAACAACAGAACUGCCCAAAUCCAAAGGCUUUUAUUGAGGAAGUGGAAGAAUCAUUCGCUUUUUGGGGUACUCCAGAAGGUGACCUAGUACAUCCUGCCGAGUGCAUGCAGCAAUUGCUUGAGAAAGUUAGGCGUCAUAGAGUCAACAUCGACGGCAAUGUCUGUACCGUCAUGGUGACAACAUUGGUUCUUGAGGGUUGGCAGCGUAAACUUGAUCCUGGCUACAACGUGAUGGAUACUCUUCAAACUCUGCUACUCAAAGCUGACUGGGCAAAGUCUCUUACUUACACAAUCGAGGGGCUGCUGGCCCCAUGAGAAACCUCUCUCGUCUGUUGAUACUUGUUAAAACAAUUUUGACUAAACCAAAAGAUAUACCAGAGACCUAAGAAGUUACAUGUUUGUUUGCCUUAGGCCUUCUUCUUCUUCUUUUUUUUUUUUAAUUAUUCUUUUUUCAUCUUCUAGGGACUUUGCUUCCAAUAUUUCACAGCGAAGGGAAAAUCCUUCUUUUUGUCACAUUUUCUAUAAAGCAGUGUUGCUUAAUCCGUGCCUCACAAUUCUUGAGCAAAAACAUGAAAGGAAAAGAAACAAAUAAAGUGGACUGUAUUCUUUUAUUUCUUUUAA